AGAGAGAGAGAGAGAGAGAGAGAGGGAAAGCAGUCUCUCAGACUUUGACUCAUGAGAUAGAUGAGAUUCCAUUUCUCCCAACCCAUGUCAAACAUCUUUUUCUUCUUCUGCUAAAAAUCCCAACUUUAUCUCCGAAGGUCCCACAUUUUAAGCCUCCCCUCCAAAAGUUGAGUUCUUGAGCUCUUAUUGCAUUAAUGGUGGAGUAAUAUGAAAGUUAGGGCUCAUUUGUAGGACUCAGAAAAGGGUCCUUUUGAGUUAGGAGAGAGAGAGAAAUCUAGAGAGGGAGGGGAAGGGUAGGGAAGGGAUGAAGAAGCUGUUUGGGAGCCCAGGGAAGGUGAGUGGGCUGGCACUGAGAAUUGGGCAGUGCUGUUUUGCUGCUGCUGCUAUUGGGGUGAUGCUCUCUGCUCAUGGUUUCUUCAAUGCCACUGCAUUUUGUUAUUUGAUUGCAUCAAUGGGGCUUCAAGUUGUUUGGAGUUUUGGACUUGCUUGCCUUGAUUUACAUGCUUUGAGGUCAAAGAGAAGCUUGCAGAAUCCUAUUUUAGUGAGCCUAUUUGUUGUCGGGGAUUGGGUGACGUCUACGCUGUCAUUGGCGGCUGCAUGCUCAUCAGCGGGGGUGACAGUUCUGUACUCAAAAGAUUUGAAUUACUGCAGGCCAAUGCAUCUUCCGUGCAGCAAGUUCCAAAUCGCCGUUGCCUUCGCCUUCAUCUCAUGGUUUCUCCUCGCUGUUUCGUCAAUUGUCAUGUUUCGGUUGUUAGGCGCAGUAUGAGUUUGACAAAACUCUACAUAUUCUUCAAUCCUCCCCUGUAAAUAUGUCUGAGAACUAUGGCCCCUAUAUGGAGCGAAAUCCAGUACAAAGGGGAUGCACUGGGCAGUAUCUCAAGUCAGCCGCGCAUGUAGCCUUGAGAUACUGCACGACAUUUCCGUUGCAUGGAAGUCCUUCUCCGUCUUCAGGUGUGGGGUCCAUGACUUGAAAAUGAUCGUGUGUGUUAAUUUUUGCAAUGGAAGUAGCUCUCAUGAGUGUAACCAUAUCGUUAUAUUAUUGGUUAUCUUUGCUUUGCUUUAUUUUAUUUGGUUGAAAAUUCGGAAA